AUGCCUUGGCUUAUUGCAAUAGAUUGGGCGUUUCAGUCAUUGCGAAAAUUACCCACGAACGCAAAAGAAAGCUAUUUUGAAUAUUCUCAAUCAAUCGUAAAAUCUCUUAUCAGUAAUAUUCACACAAAAGAUCCUUAUGAUCUAGUUUCCGUGUUAAUAAAAUCUCCCGAGGAUCUAUUUGAAUUUGCACAAUUUUCGGAUUCAAGAUCCAGUAAUCUUCAGAUAGUUGACAGUUGUCCUCAUCCUAACGAACCUCUUUGCUUAAAGACAAGGUUUACUGACGCACUCAUUCAUUCUGUCCAGAGCGCCUAUUCUAAAUUCACUAGCUGCCAGCAUAUUAGGCUGGUUGUUCUCACUGAUGGCUACAGGGAUUUUGUUAAUACAAAUGACGAUGAGUUAAAAAUUCCUGAAUUUAUUAGAGAUGAAAUUACGUGUAUUGUAAUUAAUCAUUCGGGUUGUCAAGUUCCUUUUAGAUUAAAGCCCUUGAAGUACAACUUCACGGAUUUUCACAAUCAUGAUAAUAAGUCCCUCACUGGCUGUAAUGAAGUGGCAGAUAGCGUGAUGAAAUUUUCUUCGUGUGAGAUCAGUUCAACGGCAAUUUUGUCGAUUGGGCAUCUCUCUGCCUCCUGCUCACUCCUUCCAUCGCCAUGUAUUCGUCCUUGGAAGCAUAUAAAUAUCCGGAACUACACAGAGCCCCAGUUCUACUUGGAAGCAUUUGGUUUUCUUCAAGUUAACGAUAUGGGCCAUCCACCAAUCGUUAGCAGGUACACCAUGGUAUAUUCACAAGAUAAGAACGAGAGUGGAAAAGAUACGUUAAAAGUCCUGCUUGCUUCCUUGAAAGGCUCUCAUACAACUGCGAUUGUGAAUAUCUACAUUCAAUCACGAGUUGAUGGAGACAGCAUAACAGAGAAAAACAGGAAAUUCAUAACUCAUGGAUUCAUUAGCGAAUCUCCUGUGAAUGUGCUUUCCUUGUCAUUUUUUGGUGAAGAAAGCAAAGCUGUGGCCUGGCUAGGUCCAUUUGACUUUCUCGCUUCCUCGGGGGAUUUUGAGGGUCAUGAAGUAUACAAUGUGGAAAAGAAGAUAACCCCUUUUCCUGUUGGAUCACUCGAAAGACCGAGCUACAUUCUUCCUGCCGCUUCAUCGACAAUCGGAUCGGAAUUUCAGUAUUCAACUUGGCUAAAUAACACAAAUGGUCCAUCAGCGGAUGUAAAUAAAAUAUUUCGUCUGUGUAAGCGACUACCAGAGAAAUCUGAGUACUUUUUGAAGGAGCUGCAUCGCACCAUGUCUUUGGCCGAAGUCCUAGGUUGGACAGAGUUGACACAGGCCAUUCAAUCCCUUCUACCAACACAUCUUUCGCCUGAUUUGGAUGUGGAAAUGCUACGAAAAGUGUAUCAUACUGCCCGAAUGAAAGUGGUAUAG